AUGGCGAUGGAGUCACCAAGCUCUGUUCGGAAAGUUGUUGUUCAUCUAAGAGCUACUGGAGGUGCUCCUAUACUCAAACAAUCUAAAUUCAAGAUUCCAGGGACUGAUAAAUUUGCUAAAGUGAUUGACUUUUUAAGAAGACAGCUUCAUUCUGACUCAUUGUUUGUCUAUGUGAAUAGCGCUUUCUCGCCAAACCCUGAUGAAUCAGUAAACGAUCUGUACAAUAACUUUGGAUUUGACGGUAAACUUGUGGUUAACUAUGCUUUCUCAAUGGCAUGGGGCUAA